AUGACUUCCACCUUUAUAAACGAAAAAGACUUGCCCAAGCUACCUCUUCCGGACUUACACCAGUCCCUGGUUGAGAUGGAGGAAUCUCUCAAACCAUUGUACUAUGCAGACGGAUACUACAAACAUCCUUUGCAUCCGGAAGAGUCCAAUGAGUUGCACGAAAAUAUAAAAACGUUCAUGAGCUCAAAGGCUGCCGCCAAAUUGCAAGACAAAUUGGCGAUAUUCGACCGUUUCAACGGAUGUUACUUGGACAGAUUACAUCUAGAUAUCAACAACCACACAUCCACAAAGGAGAUUCAGGAUGACGUCUUGCCCAGAAAUCCGUUUCUUGUGCUAGCAGAAGAUGCGGAUACCAGCAUUUCACAGGCAGCUAGGUGCGGCGUGCUUUGUUCGUCUGCUUUGAGGUUUGUAAGCGCUUUUAGACAGAACGUAUUGCCCCCAGACUACGGCAAGAAUGGCAAGCCGAUGAGCAUGCUUCCGUAUGUCAAUCUAUUUGGUACGACCCGGUGCCCUGUUUUUGAACACGGGGAAGUGGAGUCAUUUGACUUAAACAAGCCCUACGACGAAUCAGACCUCGAAGCAGAGUUGAACAAUCUUUCGGCGCAAAGAAGGCCUUCAACAGCUUCCUCAGAGGCAUCGGCCUCAGAUGACGAAGUGGAAUUUUUCAACGUCCACGGCAUCACAAAGAAACAGUAUCCUGAUUCAAAACACAUAUUGAUCAUCUCCAGAGGACAGUACUACACUUUGGACGUCUUGGACGAAAAGAAUGACGUGUUGUUCACAGACUCGCAACUAUCCCAGGCUUUCCAACAUAUUAUCGACGAUUCAACAACUUCUCGCGGGUUGAAAAGAGCCACCGCGUUGGGAUCUCUCACGUCUUAUUCCUUCAAGAACUGGAAGUAUGCAAGAAAGAGAUUGCAAAAACGUUACCCACAAGAGUUGAAUACCAUCGACUCUGCGUUGUUUGUCGUCGUUCUUGAUGAAUCAACAAGUACCAGUGACAUCAAUGAGGAUUGCAAGCGAUUAUAUUACGGUACAAGUGUCAUUGACGAUGUUACUGGUUUCCAGGUUGGUUCUUGCACUUCUAGAUGGUACGACAAAUUACAGUUGAUCGUUACCGCAGACUCAAAAGCGGCCGUAAUCUGGGAUUCGUUCACAUGCGACGGAAGCGUCGUUUUGAGGUUCACUAGCGACAUUUACGCAGAGUCUAUCUUGAGAUUAGCCAGAGAAGUCCACGGCGGGGACCCUCACUUUUCUCUAUGGCCACAAAUACCAAAGGCUAGCUCUAAAGACCCUUGGCCUAAAAAGCUCUCCAAGAUAAGCUGGUCAUUCAGUCACAUUUUGAACACACAUGUUCACUUAUCUGAGACUAAAUUGACAGAUUUAAUAUCGAAACACGAUAUUGUCCAUACUAGUAUUCCAUUCGGGUAUAGAACAGCGCAGAAAUUGGGCGUUCGCGCUGAUUCUCUAAUACAAGUUGCUCUUCAGAUUGCGCACUAUGCCCUUUACGGCAAAAUGAUUUUCAGUUUUGAACCCAUUUCGACAAGAUUCUUCAAAAACUCUAGAUCCGCAUUCAUCCCAAUCCAAACGCAAGAGUUAUUAGAGUUAUGCCAAUUAUUUAUUUCCAACUCGUUGAAUGAAAAGGGUAAAUUAGAGAAGUUUAUUUCUGCUUGUAAUGAUCACAGUGAAAAAAUUAGGCAAGCUCAAAAUGGACUGGGGUUCGAGAAACACUUCAAUGCUAUCAAAUACCUUUUUAAAUUCCACGAACAUUUCGACAUCGGGCUCUCGGAAGAAGAACUAGAAACGGCCUCGAAGGUUUUCAACAAUCCAAUGAUGGAACCAUUCUCUGCUCCAGAAUUAAUCGCUUCCAACUGCGGCAAUUCCGCCAUGUCAGCUUUCGGUGUCACUCCAGCUGUCCCUCAAGGUUUCGGCAUUGGUUACAUAAUCAAAAGUGACCAAUGUGACAUUACGUUGACUUCUCAGUACAGGCAGGGAAGAAGAUUGGCGUUCAUGCUAAAGUGGGUUUUAACGGAAAUCAACAAUUAUUGGGAAUUGAACUCUACCAAUUCGGUUAGAAUUAGUCCCAAAGUUGAUCAGUUAUACGAGAUUGAUAAUGCUAUCAACCAGCUUAAGCUGAAUGUUGCACAGCAUAAAGUUGAUAAUACAAAAGCUCCUGGCCAGACUGCUGAUCGGCCCAACCUUGGUGGAUAUCACCAAUCUUCAACUUCAAGUAUAUUCAAUGGUGGCCAUGGAUUCUUAGAGCUCAAAGGCCACUUAGAAAGUAGAACAUCAUCAAGACCAAUUUCUAGAUCUGGCUCUAAUUUAAAGCUAUCUUCAAUGAGCCUUUCAAAUGCAUCACAGCCAACUUUGACUAAUGAACUGGAAGAUACAGCGACCUCUAGAAUACGUAUUGCAAGUGAACUCGAAAAACAAAAUGCUGGGUAUGAAAUUCUGGUGAUUGAUGCUUCAAAUGCUACAAAGGAAACUCCCAAAACAAAUAAGAAGAAGAACGUGGUUUCAUCAAAGUUCGAAAUAAACUUUGACCGCUCAAUUGUUGGAAGGAAAGUAAACACCCGAGGUUAG